UGGGUAUUUUUUCAGUGAUACUAACGGGUGUCAGUAUUUUCUCAGAAUAGCUAAUAGCUGAACCGUGCAACGCUGCUAUUGUAAGUUGCAACUCGUUGAGACCUUAAGCAUUAAUUUUGAAUUUUGCGCUGGAAGUGAAAAUUCGGUUUGCAAUAAAAACAAUUUCAAAAAUUAAAUAAGAAACUGCUUUUAUCAACCAAAAAUGAAUGUCCAGCGGAAGCUUUGGACGUCCGAGGAGGAGGACAUAUUCCUACGCAUUUGGCAAAAUUAUUUGGUAGCUGUGAAUGAUGGUAGAACUCUGACAGACGUUUGCAAAUAUCUUCAGGUUGAGUUUAGAAAUAAAGGGAUUGACGCCACGGUGGAUAGAAUAAAAACCAAAAUAUACUCGCUCAAGCGAAAAUAUAAUAAGAUCAUAAAAGAACCGAAUAAAAAGAAACAAUGGAAAAACUUUGAUAGGAUGGCCUUAAUAAUGGGAUAUCUGGAACAAACUCAAGAAAUAAAUUAUGAGGCUAGAGAGCACUCACACAGCUCAAGUCAGCUUUAUAAACAAAACAAUUACUGUUUUGAUGAGGUUGCGCCCAUGGAAUAUGCCGAAGUUCAAGUCGAAAUCGAGGACAUGCGGACAUCGUCAUCCUCAACGACGACCUUUGUCACAUUCCAAAAAUAUAUCGAAGCUAACGAAUAUCAAACCUGGUCAACCGAUUCGACUAUAGCUGCACCUAGUGCAGUGAAAAAGACCAAACCAAGGCGCAAACUUUGGGGCCUGGAAGAGGAAGACAUAUUCUUGGAUGUAUGGAAGAAAUAUUUGAGUGAUUUAGUACGCGCUGAAAUAAAGUUAAGUAUAUAUAAGAAAAUGGCAGCAGAGCUCAAAAGUAAGGGCGUUCACAUCAGAUGCUAUGAUAUCAACACGAAAAUUCAAUCGUUUAUUCGUAAAUUUAGCAAAGAGCGCAAUAAACCUGAUAGUUGCUCUAAGUGGGUUCACUAUGCCAAGGUGCGCGAAAUGUUGUGCCCUGCACAGACUCCGAGGCCACAAGGACAUGAAGCUCUAUUCUGCCCCAAGCCUAGCUUUUUUGAUUACUUUGCCAAUUACUACCCUAAACCCAACUUUAUUGAUUGCCCAAACAAUUGGCUGGCUGCUGACAAGCUCGAUUCAGAAUUUGAUAGUCCUUCGCCUGAGUGGGCAAGCUACUACCUUAAUCCAAAGUUGAUUGGUUACUUUAACAGUUGGUGCACUGAGGAUCAGCCAAUCGAUUCAGAAAAUUUGGAAAGUCGUUCCGCUGAUUGUGCAGACAACGAAAACUCCUUAGAACAAGCUAAUGAGAAUGAAUUCGAUGGAAAUAGCUCAGCAAAUCACUUGGAUAAUGCAGAGGACGCAUGCUAUCUAAUAUACCCAGAGAACCUCGCGAUGGUGGUGAUGGAGGAGUGUCAGCCGAUGGAGCACCCAAUCAAUUUAAGUGAAGCGAUCACCAGACAAGAACAAGUCGAACAAUUUGGUAGUUUUAUUACCAAAGAACUUCAUUUGCUAAACGACGAUCUUCUAGAAGAGGCUAAAACAAGAAUUUUCGAUAUCAUUCGCAUCAUGCACAUGAAGCAAGUGCAACAAAAUUAACCAGACAACUAAAUACAUUUAUAUGUAAGAUUCAUCAAAUUAAAAAUAUAAUAAAUUGUUAUUAUUAAGAUUGAUUUUUUUUUAAUUUUGUGAUGAUAAAAACCAAAAAACAGCAAAGCCGUGUACAUGAAACAAGUACAAUAAAAUAAAUGAAGCAACCCAAUAUA